AUGGCAAAUUCAAAGUUUGAAUAUGUUCGAAACUUCGAGCAGCCGGACUCUCUCUUGCCCAACACGUGGAUUGUAGUUCGCAUAGAUGGAAGGGGAUUCACAAAGAUGUGUGCCAAGUAUGAGUUCGAAAAGCCAAACGACCGGAGAGCACUCGAUCUCAUGAAUGCAGCGGCCAAGGCGGUCGUGACUGAUCUGCCGGAAAUCACCAUUGCCUACGGAGUCAGCGACGAGUACAGCUUUGUCUUCCACAAGUCCUGUAAUCUCUUUGAGAGAAGAGAAAGUAAACUUGUCAGCACGGUUGUCUCUACAUUCACAGCAAACUACGUCUACCUCUGGCCGACAUACUUUCCUGACACACCCCUUUCUUUUCCUCUCCCAACGUUUGAUGGUCGAGCUGUGUGCUACCCGGCGGUGCAGAAUCUCCGGGAUUACAUGAGCUGGCGACAGGCUGACUGUCACAUCAACAAUCUCUACAACACAGCCUUUUGGAAGUUGAUACAGCUUGGAGGCCUCGACAACAAAGAGGCUGAGAAGACACUUGCGGGAACGUUGGCUGCGGAUAAGAAUGAAAUACUGUUCUCUCGAUUCAAGAUCAAUUAUAACAACGAGCCGGAAAUCUUCAGGAAGGGGAGUGUCAUAUUUAGAGAUUACGAAUUGGUCGAGCCCGGAAGUCACAACGUAGCGGCAGCAGCAGAUGCUCUCGCCGAGCCAGCAGCGCAGUCAAAGUCACAGGCUGAGAAGGACAAGAAGCGCAGAGCCAAGGCGAAGGUGGUGGUGGAGCACGUAGACAUCAUCAAGGAUGAGUUCUGGGAUAGACGGCCUUGGAUCUUGUCCGGCAAGCCAGGUCAGCCUGGCAAGGCGUCCAAAGAAAUACAAACUUGAACCGCUGUCU